AAUUUUGUCAUUAUUUAAUGAAUUGCAGUUCAUUUUGAACAGCACUAUAAGAAAGUACUUUAUUAGCAAAACUUAUUUGACGCUUUUGGUGACUUUAUUUCAUCCAAAUAUCCGAAACGCAACAUAAACAUGUGCUGCUUGGUAAAUUUAAUCAGGAAGUAGGGGCUUAGAUUUAACAAUAUUGGGCUUGUGACUUGUGGCGAGUGCUGGCUGCUCUAGUCUUUGAAGCUAUGGUCCGCCUGCCUGCCUGACUGCUUCUCCUAGUCUUUUCGUCUGCUUUCCUCCCUCUGUUCGAUUGCUCCAGAUUCCGAAACUUGUUUUUACAUGUUCUGGACUUUCGAUAUCUUAUGAGGACACUGGAUAUGAGUUAAACUGGCUUGUUGCUAGAGCAUUUUGAUACGGUACAUAGUCAAUGGCUCGUAAAGGAAACAGACAGAAUUGCAGAAAAGGAGUUUCAGAUUCUGGAUCUGGAUUGCUAAAUGAGAAUGAGAACAGUAAUCUGACUGAGUCUGAGGGCAAAAAUGCUGAAGAGCCUUUUAAUGGUAAUCUUUCUGGCAUAUCGUUAACAGAUAGCUUAAACAAUCCUCAUGAAAGUGAAGGCAAAAAGAAAAGCAAGAACAAAUCUAGAAGAUCACUUAAAAAGGAAAAGGAAGGUACUGUUUCCUUGUUCAUUGCAGAGGAAACAAGGCCUGAAAGCAGUGUCGCAGGAACUUUCCAAAGUCAUAAAAGUAGAGGGGUGGAUCCCGAGUCAAUAGAGGGAGUUGAGACAUCUCCACAUACUAUUAGCCACUCAGAUAAUUCAAACAAAUGGUUUGGCCACUUGGGAACAGGACUGGAUGGAGAUAAUACAUUUGAAAAUUUUGAAGUGUCUAUUGUGGUUGUUUUUAGGAACUUGAUGACGUUGGCUCUGUCUGUCUCAAAGGUAUCAAUUCAGUGGUUAGAGAGGUGGAAGCCUUUGCUUGACCCUUUAAAGAGCAAUUUUUUAGUUGCAACUUGGUAUGCUCAAGAAAAGGUUCAGCAAGCAUACCCUAUAGUGGUUAGAUGGAUUAUGCAUUUUGGAAAUAUAAUGCUUUUAUUAUCAAUGGUUUGGUUGGAUUGUGCUCUUAGAGGAAUUGAGUCCCUUCUCUGUAUGGGGAUGACAUCAAUUCUCUCAGUCAUCUGGUGUGGUGUUCUUUCUUUGGUUGCAGCCGCUAAAUUCAAGUUUCUAUUGAUUUUGGCAGCAGUUGCUGUAAUUGGACUUCUUACUGGGUUCAUCAUCGCAGUUCUGGGAGUUGCUGCAGUGAGUAUCAGUUACUUGUGGUUCUAUGGAAGAUUUUGGGCAGCAGUACUUCUGGUCUUGAGUGGAGGAGCUCUUUACAGGUUGAACCAUGAACGACUUGCAGUGUUUGUCAUAACUUUGUAUUCUGUUUAUUGCGCGUGGACAUAUGUUGGAUGGAUUGGUUUAAUCUUUGCUUUGAAUUUGUCAUUUAUUUCGAGUGAUAUUCUUAUAUUCUUCUUAAAAGACAAUAUAAAUGAGCAAAGUAGGGCCCACAGCUUUCCUGAUCAAACAACUGGAGUACAAGGUGAACCUACCUUCUAUUCUAGUGGAUCAGUGCCUCCAUCUACUGAUGAUGGGUAUGUUCAUCCGGUUGAUCGUGGCACUGGCAUACCUUCAACUAGUGAAUCUGAUGCUGAGAUGACUUCCGAAGAUGAAGUUCUCAGAUUGUUAAACAGUACAGAUCACUAUUCAGCACUCGGCCUAAUGCGAUUUCAGAGUAUAGAUGCUUCAGUUCUCAAGAGAGAAUAUAGGAAAAAGGCAAUGCUGGUCCAUCCUGAUAAAAACAUGGGCAAUGCAAAGGCUGCUGAAGCUUUUAAGAAACUUCAAAAUGCCUAUGAGGUCUUACUUGAUUCUUUAAAACGAAAAGCAUAUGAUGAUGAGUUGAGGAGGGAAGAGCUCCUGAAUUAUCUUCUUCGGUUCCAAAGUCCUUUGCAAAAGGAUAGAGGCUAUGGAUUCUUCACCUCUGGCUUCAGACACACAGAAGCUGCGGGCGAGGAUUCUCUUGGAGACGUUCGACGAAUUACUUGCAGAAAGUGUGGCAACUUUCAUGUCUGGGUUGUCACUAAGAAAAGAAAGUGCAAAGCAAGAUGGUGCCAGGAAUGCGAAGAUUUUCAUCCAGUAAAAGAUGGAGAUGGAUGGGUUGAACAGCCUUCGCAUCCAUUCUUUUUCGGAAUGCUACUGAAGGUAGAUAAUCCUGUUGCCUAUGUUUGUGCCGAUAGCAGGAUCUAUAACGCAACUGAAUGGUAUAUCUGUCAGUUUCAAAAUGGAAGGGUGCCUCCUAGAUCUUUUAAGGGAAUGAGAUGUCCCGUCAAUAGUCACAAGCCAAGCUUCCAUGUAAAUACUAGUGUAACCUUGAAGAACAACUAUGGGAAGAGAAGUAGCUCAGGCCAAAAAGGUGGGAUGCCAAUGCCAAAUAUGGAAGAGAACAUGACCGAGGAGGAAUUUGUCGAGUGGCUACGGAAUGCCGUACAAGCUGUUAUGUUUGAUGAUUUUGAUGGCAGCAUGCCACAGAGCCCAUCUGCACCAGCUAGAAACACCUCCAAGAGUACUAGUACUAGCAACGGUAGUGGAAGUGGAAGCAAGAGAAAGAAAAAGGGGAAGAAACAAUGGUGACUAUGAAGCUCACUGUGAUCUUACCUUGUUAAGUUGUUCAAGAACUGAGAUGGCCAGAGAGCCAAAAUUAGCUGAUUCUAGCCUGGAAUUGACACAAUGAUUUCUAUCAGACGAAGAAUCGUCUAGCAUGUUGCCCCGAAAACUGGCAAAUAAAUUGUAGUCUCACUUUUUGGGUAAAUGUUCCUAUCCUGAUCUUGAAAUACUGAGCUGGGAAAUGAGAGCAUGGGAGAGAUGCCUCUUGAAAAUGAAAUAGGGUUACUCCAAGCACAAGAGCUAUAGUUUCAACUCCCGCUAAAAUUGGUCUGGUGGUUUAUUUCAUUGCCUCGGUUUGAAAUUGCCAGCAUAGCUUAACAUGUUUUUGUACUAGUUUUUGGAGGAUUCCUUACAGCAUAGCAGGUACUGCAGAACAUCUCGGACAAAUUGUGUAAAUGCCAUGGAAGGAGAAUUUACAAAAAAAAAUUCCUGGAUAUUUGCUUCCCGUCUUACAAUCUUGACACCUCAAAACUCAACGGAAUUUCAGACCAGCAGGAUCCUUGAAAUAUUUUAUAGUAAAUCACUUUAAACUUGCGGUCA